ACGGCGAGCGCGGCCCGCGGCGCCGCCUGACAGGUGCGGGCCCGGGCGGCGGCGGCGGCGGUGCGGGGCAGCAUGUACGCCAAGGCGGGCAAAGGCUCGGCCGUGCCCUCCGACAGCCAGGCCCGCGAGAAGCUGGCCUUGUACGUGUACGAGUAUCUGCUGCACAUCGGAGCCCAGAAGUCGGCGCAGACCUUCCUCUCCGAGAUCCGAUGGGAGAAGAACAUCACGCUGGGGGAGCCCCCAGGGUUCCUGCACUCCUGGUGGUGCGUCUUCUGGGACCUGUACUGUGCGGCGCCGGACCGCAGAGAGGCGUGUGAGCACGGCGGCGACGCCAAGGCCUUCCAGGACUACGGCGCCGCGGCUGCCCCCAGCCCCGUGAUGGGGGGCAUGGCCCCCGGCGACGCGAUGGCGGCGGGCCCCAUGGCGCCUGGCUUCUUCCAGCCCUUCAUGUCACCGCGGUUCCCUGGGGGGCCCCGGCCCAGCCUGCGCAUGCCUAGUCAGCCUCCCGUGGGCCUCCCUGGCUCCCAGCCCCUCCUCGCGGGCGCCAUGGACCCCUCCGGGCGCACUCAGGGUCACCCCAGCCUGGGCGGCGUGAUGCAGCGGGCGACGUCUCCGCGGGGCGUGGCCGGCGUGGGGCCCCAGGGCUACGGCGCCGGCAUGCGGCCCCCGCCCAACUCCUUGGCCGGCCCAGGCCUGCCUGCGGUGAGCAUGGGCCCCGGAGUGCGUGGCCCAUGGGCCAGCCCCAGCGGCAACUCUGUCCCCUACUCCGCCUCCUCGCCUGGCAGCUACGUGGGACCCUCAGGAGGGGGCGGGCCCCCUGGAACGCCCGUCAUGCCCAGCCCUGGAGACUCCACGGCGUCCAGCGAAAACAUGUACACCAUCAUGAACCCCAUGGGGCCGGGCGCCGGCCGGGCUAACUUCCCGCUGGGCCCCGGCCCCGAGGGUCCCAUGGCGGCCAUGAGCGCGCUGGAGCCGCACCACGUGAACGGAUCCCUGGGCUCGGGCGACGUGGACGGGUUGCCGAAGAGCUCCCCCGGCGCCGUGGCCGGCCUGAGCACCGCCCCGGGCACCCCGCGGGACGACGGCGAGAUGGCGGCCGCAGGGACAUUCCUGCACCCGUUCGCGAGCGAAAGCGUAAGCGACUGCGUCGACUCCCCCCCCGCGGCGGCGGCGGCGGGCCGCAGGGGCCUGGCGGGCAGGCCCCGGCGGGGCGGCCGGGGGGCCAGAGCAAGACCGUGACCGCGGCGGGCCAGUACUCGCCGGGGAUGGCCAUGAGUGUGUGAUGAGCGGGGCCCCUCGCCCGUGCGCCCGGCGCCCCUCGUGGGGCCAGGGCCUGCGGUCCCACGGGAGGUGGGGGGCACCGCGCCGCCGGGCCCCGGCCAGGACUCUCCUUUUAUACGCAAGCGCAGGAGGACUUCGGAGACGCCCCCCCCGUGGGCGGGCCCUUGCUGCUGCCUGUACUCCCCUCCCCCCAAUAAACGUCGCUCGGUUUGGUUUUU